AUGACUAACGACACAGCAAGUAGAAAUAGACAGCAAAUAGCUAACGAUAGUUUCAAUACGGUCUUUGCAAGUAUUUUGCAAAAUGUUACAUUACACAAUCUUUCGUGGGUUUUUGCCACGCUGAUGUUGCUGCUCUUCACCUACCGAGAGAUCUUGCAAUUUAUCUGCUGUCCUCAACGCUACUUGGUAGAUUUGGAAAACUGGGCACAAGUUCUGCUAAUUGUACUGACUCUUGCACUGCUGUGCGGCGCAGGACGGCAAAUCGGAGUUAUGGUUAUCCUGCUGUCCACCUGGGAGCUAAUGACUCUGAUAAGCCAUCAUCUGUUUCCGUCCACUUGUAUCGAAAUGUUUCGAACUGUCUUCUUCAAUUUUGUUCGGUUUUUCUUCCCGUAUCUGAUUCUGAUCCUCGCAUUCACUCUAGCUUUCUACAUGCUCUUGAGGAGUGACGAUUUCUCUAAUCCCGGUCUUUCGCUUUUCAAAACCAUCAUUAUGUUCACCGGCGAGUUUGACGCCAAAGACAUUUCUUUUUCUGCGUAUCCUGUUUGGAGCCGCAUUGUGUUCGUGCUGUUCAUCUUUCACAUAGUCAUCGUGCUGUUUAAUUUGCUUAAUGGUUUGGCAAUCAGCAACAUUGCCGAGAUUCUGAAUAAGGCCGAGAUUAUCGGACUAAUCUCCCGGGUACGCCUGAUCGCUUGUUUCGAAAGAAUGACAGUCGGGAAACCGUUCUGCUGGAAUUCUAAAUGGACGUGGUCGAAUUCUUUUAAUUUCUUUUCCAACAAGAUUCUUCUCUUUCCACAUUACCUCAAAUGCGGUAAAAUAAGUUUCAAACCUUACGAUGAUAAUCUGAUUGUUUAUGAUGGCGAUAGGCAUAACGUUGAUGGCUAUUCCAUGGAUUGGUCCACUUUGAAAAUGGAUCCUAACAUAGUCAAACAUGCUAAGCAGGUUGUCUACGAUAAGAAUGAACUGUCGAAUAACGAUAUAAUGAAUGAACUUGCUAAGUUGCAAACAAGAUUGACACAGAUAAAAAAUACUUUGAAAUGUGAAGAUGAUGUUGAAAAAAACAUUUUUUAA